AUGGACGACUUCGUCUGGAUCUUCGACGACGGCUGCGUCCGCCUCCACCACCGCUUUUACUGCCUCCCUUGGCCGGACGGCGAAGACUACCUCAGCCGUCUCCCCGAUGCCCUUCUCCUACACAUCCUCUCCUUCCUCCCCACCUCCGAAUCAGUCCGCACCUCCCUUCUCGCCCGCCGAUGGCGCCACCUGUGGGCCUCCGUCCCCGCCAUCGACUUCUUCUUCAUCACCGAGCCGAGCGCCAAGAAGAUCGGCCGAUUCGUCGCCUCCCGCAGCGGCUCGUGCUCCAUUUCUCGCCUCCGUCUCUCCCGACUCGCUCUUCGAGACGGAGCUCCCCUCUGCGACUGGCUCGACUACGCCAAAUCCCACGGCGCCCGAGACGUCGCCCUCCUCCGGUUCAGCGAUUGGGAACACAUCCCUCGCGCAUUCGACAUCCUGUUCGAUUGGCCAUCGCUGGUGUCGCUGGAACUGCAGCUGGUGCCCUACAAUCCCUGCGUAUUUAGGCUUCCCGAUCGCAUCGUCCUGAGCAAUCUAAAGACGCUUUCCCUUUCGCUCGACCCGAGUGAAAUUCGCAAGGAGAGCUUGGCGAGGCUGAUCUCGAGCUGCCCUAAUCUGGAAGAACUGACAUUGAAGGCAAGAUAUGCUCUCUGGUGCGAUGCCAUUGAGAUAGCGGCCCCAAAUCUUCUGAGAUUGUCCCUCCGACCUGCUCCGCCCAAGCUUCGAAUUAUUUGCCAGAAACUGCAAUGGUUAAAGCUGACGUCUCGCGAUCACGUGAAGCAGUUACAUGUCGAAGCGCCCUCUUUGAUCUCCGUUCAGUUACGGGAUCCGUGGUGUUUUGGAAGCUUUGCACGAAGCUUUGGCAAUGUGAAUACGUUCGUCUCCAGUGACCCUGUCAACCUGUCCCAUGGUCAACACGGAAUAGCUAUCAACUCCUCUCCUUCUCAAACUCCCACUUCUAAGCCUUAUUGCUGCAAGUCUAAUACCGAUGAGAUUAGAAGGGACAGAGCCAUCAUAUACAAAUUCAGUGCGGUGAUGAACAACGACAUGGACGAGCGGCGCCGACUGCGAGAGGAGGCGCCCACUGCUGGAGGUGGUGUCGACGCCCGUUGGAGGGGGCGGCGGCGCGCGCUGGCGGCAAAGCCCGCUAGCUGCGACACGUGGAGGCUGCUGCGGCGCGUGGAGGUGGCUAGCCCAGGGGCUGUGGCACGCUGUCAGCGGUGUCGAUGGCGAGAAGAGACCACGACAUAUGAGGAGGAUCCACGAGAGCAGCGGCGGCGAUGGCCGCCGGAGGCGGCGAAGCAGUAUCCGCCGAGGGCAGUUGUGAUGGCCGCUAAAGGUGGCGGCGACGGGGCUCACCAGCGGCGUCAGCGCCGGAGGGAGGGGGAGGAGAAGAGGAGUGGCCGGCGGUGA